AAGCACAAAGCAAUGAGUUCUUUUUCUUCAAACUUCAAACUUUUGCUUUCUUACACAAAACUCUUAACAUCUCAUGUCAAUCAAGGCAAACAUGAACAAGCUCUUUCUCUUUUCCACCAAAUCCAUUCAACUCUCUCUCAUUCACUCGACCCCUUCGUGUUCCCUCUCGCCCUCAAAUCUUGCGCCGCGCUGAGUUUCUCUCAGCUCGGCGCAACCAUUCACGCACACACAAUCAAAGCCUCUUUCGGUUCCAACCCCUUUGUUGCUUGUGCAUUAGUAGACAUGUACGGGAAAUGUGUCUCUGUAGAGUAUGCACGCCAACUGUUUGAUGAAUCUCCGGAGAGAAAUGUAGUCGUUUGGAACUCGAUGAUAUCGGUUUACGCGCAUUGUAAUGAUGUUGGGAGGGCGUUGGAGUUGUUUCGAGUGAUGGAUGUGGAGCCUAAUUCUUCUACUUUUAACGCGAUUAUCGCGGGGUUGGCGGAGACAGAGGAUGGGUUUAGUAAGGCUGUUUUGUGUUACAGAGAGAUGGGGAGGAUGGGGUUGAGGCCAAAUUUGAUUACGGUUCUUGCGUUGUUGCGUGCUUGUCUUGGUAUGGCGGAUGUGAAUUUGAUCGAACAGAUUCAUGGGUAUUCGAUAAGGAAUGAUAUUGAUCCAGAUCCGCAAUUGAGAAGUGGAUUAAUCGAGGCUUAUGGGCGUUGCGGGUGUCUUGAGAAAGCUCAUCUUGUGUUUCUUAGUAUGAGAAACAGGGAUGUGGUUGCUUGGAGUAGUUUGAUAUCAGCUUACGCGUUUCAUGGUCAAGCAAGAACCGCGCUUGAAGUUUUCGAGCAAAUGCAGAAGGCUAAUAUCAAGCCUGAUGGAAUUACUUUUCUUGGGGUUUUGAAAGCUUGUAGUCAUGCUGGACUACCUGAUGAAGCACAGAUGUACUUUUCUCGUAUGAGAGUUCGUUAUGGUGUUGAAGCAAGCAGUGAUCACUACGCGUGUUUGAUAGAUGUAUUGAGUAGGUCAGGAAGAUUGCAUCAGGCGUAUGACGUUAUUAGGAAAAUGCCAGUGAAAGUAACUGCAAAAGCUUGGGGAGCACUACUUGCUUCUUGUCGAACUUAUGGAGAAGUUGAGCUAGCAGAAAUAGCUGGAAGAGCUUUAUUUGAAGUAGAGCCUGAGAAUCCUGCAAAUUUUGUGAUUCUGGCAAGAAUUUAUUCCAGUAAUGGGCGAUUUGAGGAAGCGGAAAAACUCAGAAGAGAGAUGAUCAAGAGGGGUAUGAAAACAGCCCCCGGUAGCAGCUGGGUAGUACAUCAAGAUUGACAUAUCCGGGAAACAGAGAUGUCUAUUGUGAAGUUCCAUGUAAUUUGAACUCGAGUUUUGUAUUUGAUUUUCGCAUCAAUGGCAGAAAAGAAAUCAAGUCUUUCGAGUA